GUGUAUUAUACCACGAUGAGGGUGUCGGGUGUACCCCUAGGUAUAAGCAACCUCUCUCCCUCUCUCCCCCUUUCGCUUCGUCUCUUCUCCGACGUUGAUUUCCCUCUUCGCAAUCGAAUUCGAACCCCUCCCCCCUCUCGAGGAGAGGAGAGAAACCCUAGGCUGCGGGGGCCAGUAGAGAUGGAGGAGGAGGCGCUGCUCACGAAGGCGCAGAAGCUGAUCGCGAGGAUCACCGAGGCGCAGGGGAGCCCCAACCCUAGGUUGCUCCACACGCUCGCCUCCAUGCUCGAGGCCCAGGAGGCCAGAUAUGUUCGAGAAUCUGGGAAUUCGUCUUUGAAUAAUUCACGGUCUUCUCACGCUAUUGGGAAGAUCGGUAGCUUAGUUCGGGAAAACGAUGAUUUUUACGAGUUGAUCUCAUCAAAGUUCUUAUCGGAUAGCAGAUACUCUGUUGGUGUACGUUCUGCUACUGCCAGGCUAUUAAUAAGCUGCUCUUCAGCCUGGAUGUACCCCCUUGUUCUUGAGGAUGCCGUUCUAGACAAUAUAAAAACCUGGGUGACGGAGGAUUCUGUAGUUUCUGGUGAUGAAUGCAAUUGGAAGUAUCUCGGGAGGAAUAAACCAAGCGACUCUGAAAUGUUGAGGACAUACGCUACUGGACUACUUGCUAUAGUUCUAUCUGGUGGUAGCCAAAUUGUAGAAGAUCUCUUAACAUUGGGUUUGUCAGCUAAGCUUAUGAGAUAUCUGCGAAUGCGAGUCCUUGGAGAGGCAAGUUCUAGCCACAAGGAUGCGAAUUAUCCUACAGAUGGAAAGCAUAAUUUGCUUGCUAAUUCUGUUAGAGGUAGGGAAGAUAACAGGGGAAGAUCCCGUCAGGUUCUGGAAGGUUCUAGAUUGGGUGGCCCAAGGAUAGGAGAAGAAGGUCUUUUGGGUGAUCCAAAUGAAAGCGAGCUGACCAACUCAACUUCAGAAGUUGUUGGUACACUCGAGAAGGAAAAUGCGGACCUAAACAGUGAUGUGAGGCACGAUCAAAGUUUGCAGGAUGGGAAGUCGAAAUACGGAGAGAGACAAGAUGGUGAUGAAAGUUUAGUUUUAGACUCAUCAAGGCGAAGAUUGAAUAGAGGGUGUUCGAGGAUAAGAGGAAAAGGAAGGAAUAGUGAAGUAUAUUUAGAGAAUGAGAGGGCUUUGUCAUCGCCAACUUCUGGGUUACGGUUAGGAGGGCGUGCUUCUCGAGAUAGGGUUGUGGCGAAGAGCGAAGACACCAAGGAGGUGCUUGAUGCAAGAAAGAACUCAAGCAAGGUUGAUUUAGACAGUUUUUCUUUGGGAGAAGAUAAUGAUGAUCGAUUGAGAGAUUGCAGUGUUGGCUCAAAGGAUAUAUCUGAAAUGGUAAAGAAAGCUAUAGAAGCUGCUGAAGGCGAAGCUAGAGCAGCUAAUGCACCUGCUGAAGCUAUCAAAGCGGCGGGUGAUGCUGCAGCUGAGCUUGUUAAGACAACUGCUAUAGAGGCUUGGAAAAAUACAAAUGAUGAAGAUGCUGCUUUAUUAGCUGCUUCAAAAGCUGCAGCUACUGUUGUUGAUGCUGCUAUGUCAACUGAAGUCUCGCGAAGUUCCAAUCGAGUCAAUGAAGAAUUCGUGUACUCAAUAUGCAAUGAGGACACAGAACUAGAAGACUUCAUCAUUCUGGAUGACGAGCCUCUUUCCCAGCUCAGAGAAAAAUAUAGCAUUCAGUGUCUUCAGAGUUUGGGAGAAUAUGUUGAAGCCUUGGGACCGAUUUUGCAUGAAAAAGGUGUCGAUGUCUGCCUAGCCUUGCUACAACGAAGCAUUAAAGAUCAAGAUGAUCAAUUGGAACUACUGCCUGAAGUGCUCAAACUAAUUUGUGCCCUAGCUGCUCAUCGGAAAAUUGCUGCUGUAUUUGUUGAUCGUGGUGGCAUGCAAAAACUUCUCUCUGUCCGUAGAGUUACUCAAACAUUUUUCGGUCUAUCCUCGUGCUUAUUUACUAUUGGUUCUCUUCAGGGUAUCAUGGAACGCGUUUGUGCUCUCCCAUCCGAUGUGGUUCAUCAGGUGGUUGAGUUAGCUCUUCAGCUUCUUGAGUGUUCUCAAGAUCAAGCUCGAAAGAACGCAGCAACCUUUUUCUCUGCUGCAUUUGUCUUCAGAGCAGUAUUGGAUUCCUUUGAUGCACAGGAAGGUCUACAAAAAAUGUUGAGUCUUUUACAAGGUGCUGCAUCUGUUAGAUCAGGUGGUAAUUCAGGCACAUUAGGUACAUCAAAUGUCAAUCUAAGAAAUGAUCGAUCUCCUGUUGAAGUUUUGACUGCCUCAGAAAAGCAGAUCGCUUAUCAUACUUGUGUUGCACUACGGCAAUAUUUCAGAGCCCAACUCCUUUUGCUUUUGGAUUCUCUUCGUCCAAAUAAAGGAGGCCGUAGUGUUGCCCGGAAUACUUCGAGUUCAAGAGCUGCAUAUAAACCUUUGGAUAUUAGCAGCGAGGCUAUGGAUGCAGUGUUCCUUCAGAUGCAGCGUGACAGAAAGCUGGGGCCUGCAUUUGUGAGAGCGCGUUGGCCUGCAGUAGAUAAGUUCUUGGCAUAUAAUGGCCACAUAACUAUGUUGGAAUUGUGUCAGGCGCCACCUAUUGAACGCUAUUUGCAUGACUUGGCCCAAUAUGCACUUGGCGUACUUCAUAUUGUAACACUCAUACCAUACAGCCGUAAAUCAAUAGUAAAUGCUACACUAAGCAACGAUCGUGUGGGCAUGGCAGUCAUUCUGGAUUCAGCCAACGCCACUGGUUAUGCUGAUCCUGAGAUAAUCCAUCCGGCUUUAAAUGUGUUGGUCAAUCUUGUGUGCCCUCCUCCUUCCAUCAGUAAUAAGCCGUCUGUUCCCUCACAAGGUCAUCAACCUGGUUCAGUUCAAACACUGAAUGGGCCUUCUUCAGAGAAUAGAGAGAGAAAUUCUGAAAGAAAUAUAUCAGUACAGAAUGAGAGUCGGGAGCUUGAUAGAAGUGCAGCAAACCCUGCCACCAACCAAGGAAAUACUUCACAAGUAGCUCCAGGAGUAGUAGUUGGGGAUCGGAGAAUAUCUUUAGGGCAGGGAGCUGGGUGUGCUGGCCUUGCUGCACAAUUGGAACAGGGAUAUCGUCAGGCAAGGGAAGCUGUUAGGGCCAACAAUGGUAUAAAGGUUCUGUUGCAUCUUCUUCAUCCUCGCAUGAUCACACCGCCUGGCGCUCUUGACUGCAUUAGGGCUCUUGCUUGCCGUGUCCUUUUGGGCCUAGCUAGAGAUGAUACGAUUGCACAUAUACUAACAAAGCUUCAGGUUGGGAAAAAGCUUUCUGAGCUUAUUCGAGACUCAGGCAGUCAGGCAUCUGGAAAUGAGCAGGGUAGGUGGCAGGCUGAGCUGGCCCAAGUUGCAAUUGAGUUGAUUGCGAUAUUAACAAACUCUGGGAGGGCUAGCACUUUGGCAGCCACCGAUGCUGCUGCUCCUACACUAAGGCGCAUUGAGAGAGCGGCAAUAGCUGCUGCUACACCCAUUUCGUACCACUCGAGGGAGUUGUUACAACUGAUUCACGAACAUCUCCAAGCAUCCGGCUUAACAGCUGCUGCUUCGGCGCUACAGAAAGAAGCUGAAUUGACCCCUUUGACCCCAUUGGGAGUAACCCCUCCCCUCCACCAGAUCUCUAUCCAAGAAACCCCAUCUAUGCCACUCCAGUGGCCUUCUUACCGCACCUCCUGUGGGUUUCUUCAAGAUACUGCGAAGGUAACCUCACGGGAUGAGGACAGUGUUAUAAAAUGCGAUCCAGUUUCAGCUUCAUCAAAGAAGAAGCCGCUAAUCUUCUCGUCUAACUUGUCACUAAAGAAAAAUCAUGGCUUAAAAAGUCCCUCGGCACCUUCAGAAAGUCUUUCUCUUUCUAUUCCUAAUUCUAGUGCUGAUCUGGACCCUCCCCUGAAGACCCCAAUACUGUUGCCGAUGAAGCGCAAGUUAACAGAAUUGAAGGAUCCUGUUUCUUCCUCGCCAGCAAAGCGGAUCGCAACAGCGGAUCUUGCAUCUCAGUCCCCAUUUUGUCAAACUCCAAAACCAAAGGAUAUUUCAUUGCAGUCGCCUUCAGCAUUUUACACCCCACGGGAUAAUGCUAUCGGCCGGACUAUUUUCAACAACCUUCCUGGGGACAACUCGGGGGAUGAUAUUCAAUAUGCCUCUGGAAAUGCCGAGAGGAUGACCCUCGAUUCCUUGGUCGUGCAGUACCUGAAGCACCAGCACCGCCAAUGCCCAGCUCCAAUUACCACUCUUCCCCCGCUCUCUCUCCUCCACCCUCAUGUCUGCCCCGAGUCAAGCCUCAGGCUAAAUGCGCCUGCAAAUGUCACCGCCCGUGUAGGCACCCGCGAAUUUAGGAAACAGUACGGUGGGAUCCACUCACAUCGGAGGGACCGACAGUUUAUUUAUAGCAGGUUCAGGCCUUGCCGGACUUGUAGAGAUGAUGUAACACUCUUAACAUGCAUUACUUUUCUUGGUGACUCCUCACGUAUUGCAACUGGAAGCCACUCUGGGGAGCUGAAAAUAUUUGACACUAUUACCGGGAAUGUCCUGGAGAGCCAGCCGUGCCAUCAAACUCACGUUACGAUGGUCGAAUCUGCUUUUUCUGGUGGGACUCAACUGGUUCUCUCCUCAGGUGCUUAUGAGGUGAAGCUAUGGGAUGCUUUUAAUAUCUCAAAUGGGCCUUUGCAUUCAUUUGAAGGAUGCAAAACUGCACAGUUUAGCCACUCUGGGAGUGUAUUUGCAGCCCUUUCUGCGGACAACUCUAGGAAAGAGGUUCUGUUGUAUGAUGUUCAGACUUGCAAUUUGGAUUUGCGGCUUCCUGAUAACUUGAAUAGUCAUUCAAGCUCAGGUCGAGGACAAAAUCAGUCCCUGAUACAUUUCAGCCCUUUGGACACUAUGGUGCUGUGGAAUGGUGUUUUGUGGGACCGGCGUAGCGCCAGUGCCAUUCAUCGGUUCGACCAGUUUACGGACUACGGCGGAGGUGGCUUUCAUCCUGCCGGAAAUGAGGUAAUCCUGAAUUCCGAGGUGUGGGACCUCCGGAAAUUCAAGCUACUUCGAAGCGUGCCUUGCUUAGACCAAACGGUGAUCACUUUCAACGGCGGUGGGGACGUCAUAUACGCUAUACUCCGGCGUAAUCUGGAGGACGUAACGUCGGCAGUCCAGACUCGGCGGGUCCGGCACCCCCUUUUCCCUGCCUUCCGUACGAUCGAUGCCGUCAACUACUCAGAGAUCGCCACCGUCCAAGUCGAUCGCUGCGUCCUAGACCUCGCUGCAGACCCCACCGACUCUUUCAUCGGUGUUGUAGCCAUGGACGACCACGAAGACAUGUUCUCCUCCGCACGGCUUUACGAGGUUGGGAGAAAACGGCCCACUGACGACGACUCCGAUCCCGACGAUGGCGGCGAGACCGACGAAGAGGAAGACGAAGACGAAGACGAGGAGAACGACGACGAUUUGGAUGCUGACGUGGACCCGAUCCUCGCGGCUGAGCUGGCGGGCGACGGCGACACCGAUUCGGACGAUGACGAUGAUGACGAGGACAUUGAUAGCGUGGACGAGAUCGACGAGGACGGGGAGUUCAACAUCAACGACGGAGAUUUCGGAGGGGGGCCGGGCCUGCUCGAGAUCAUGGCUGAGGGCGACGAUGAGGACGACGACGACGACGAUGACUCUCUGAGCAGCGGCGAUGAGGGGGAUUUUGCGGGCAAUGGAUACGGAUUCUAAAGCUUCAGGCGCCGAGGAAUAUAAUUCGUGACCUUUUGUAAUUAUUGGUAUCUAAAAUUUUCCGGGAAGAGUAGAGCUAGGAAAGGAGGAGUGUUUUGAAGCAACAAGAGAAUGUAACUUUGUAAGUAAAAGGCUGAGCAGGGUUGGGGAGAGAGAGCGAGGGGAAGAAGAGGAAAAGAGGGGAGGGGACUUCCACUUUGCCAUAUACCUAUGGCAAAGAAUAAGUGCCACAUAAGUGCAAUUCUUUUUCCUUUUCUUGGUGGGUUCUAUAUUUAUUUAUAUAUUUUAUAUCUAAGCUCGUUUCUUAAUCUUUCCAGUAGAUUUUAUUU